CGGCAGCAGUGCUCAGUCUCCGCCGAGCUACCGUCGUGUCGGGAGGUAGCUCAUUUGCUCGCUCGCUCGCAUCACGAGCGUCAUCGCGAUUGAUAGUGCUCAAGUGCGAGUACGUAUUUGCAUACAUUGUGAACAGUUGUGGAAAGUUGUGAAUUUGCCAGAUAGUAGCGGCGCAAUCACGUCGAGGCCGAUGGGAGAUGACGUUCGAUGGAGAGAAAGUUAACGCAAUCAAGUGACCCUGACCCGAGAGGCGAACCUUAACGAAGGUUCGUUCCCACGAAGGUUCGUUCUAACGAAUGUGUACGUCACGGAGCUUCCCGAACUUCGAAGCGUCAUAAUUCGACAACGCCCACGGGCCGGAACGUCGUAAUUUUCGAGCUUAAUGAUCCGACUCGAGUGAGCGAAAUAUCCCAGUGCCCAGUCUUCGACGCGAUGAUCGAGAGGUCCAGUUUCACCGUGAAAUGGAGCGCCCGAGCAGUGGACGUGAGCGCAAAUAACGCGAUCGCAGCCGUCUCCGGCGGACGAUAAUCGUGAGGAAGGGUUCCUCUAUCCACUUGGGCAUUUUCGACGAGGCGCCGCUCCGUUAGCCGAUACUCGUGUGCAACAUGUUCGGGACGAAAUUGCGCACGUGGAUGGAGGCACACAUCGUGCGAUCGAAAAAGAAGAAGGACCGGAAGAAGGGCGACAAGGGAUUCGACUCGAACUGCAACUCCCCCAGGAGCCACAGCGCCAACAGAUCGCCCGCCCUGCAUCAGGUACAUCCGGUUGACUCUCCGACGAAGAACGUGGACGGUAUCCGAUUGCACGAGGGCAGCUACAGCGCGACAGUGACCACGUCGUCCGGCACUUCCGGCGGUACUGCCGGAAGUGUGAGCCUCUCUUCGCCGGAGAGCGCGUACUCGACCGGCUAUUCGACCGACGGAACCUCUCCCGGCACCAGUUUCCCGCCCGAGUACUACAUCAACAUCAGGACCGGCACACACUACUUCCAGAGCAGUGGCGGUAGCGGUACCACUGCCGCCAGCAAUAAUAACAACAACAAUAACGGCAACAAGGCCAGGAUAAAGAGGCCACAAGGCGACACGGCGGAUCUACCCCCGGCCGGCAGCGCCGUACCAGGAAAUGGAAGAGCCGAAGACAGGGGACAGCCAUCCGCGAGUACGACGAACAUGACUAGAGACAACGCUCCACCGGAAGUACGAACCAGUACGCCGCACAAGAGUGCAGAGACGCCGACGAAUCAUGGUCAGAGACAGCACCAGCAGCAGCAAAGGCAGCAGGAGAAUUCUCAUCGCAGGACGGAGUCCUAUUCCGCUGACUCGACGAGGAACAGUUUACCAGUACCGUCGUCAAUACCACCCCCGUUGAUCUCACCUCCGGUACAGUCACCCCGCGAACGCUCCCGCAUCCGGACGAAUCCUUGGCUGUCGGCGAACUCCUCCGGUUCCAGCACGAAUGGUCUGAAAUCGCGUCUCGCCCUGGAUGAGAGCAGCAGUAGCUCCGGCCUGAAGCUCACGGAAUCCUCCGGCAGUGCCAGCGACGUCAAUCUGAACGGCAGGGAGCCCCAUGGCAGGAGAGGAGAGCAUCGCCAGGAGAGCCUCAGCGCGGGUCGAAGCCCGAUUAAUCAAAACUGGAGGAUUACAUCGGGCAUGGAUCUACGACCCAAGAUUUCUUUGGCUCUGCAACGACGAGCCAGCAGCAGCAGCUCGUCGGCAUCCUCAGUGACGCGUAGUGUGCGCUCGUCCGAGGAUGACAUCACGCUGAACGAGAUGAUGGGCAAAUUCGACGAAAGCUACGUAUAUGAGAAGGAGACAGACAUCUUGUCGGAUAGUGACCCGACUGACUGUGAGGACUAUAUCGAUUCGCUAUCGGACAUCGACACCGGCCAAGACGGCGGUGACGAGAACGAUCCGUUCGAGAAUGACGAGCUUGACUACAUCGACAACGGUUCAUUCCUAGAUCUGGUCGAUUUGGACUGCGGUGAUGCCGACCAUUUUCCUAAUACCGGCCACUGUACCUAUUUUGCCUUUACCAGCGAACUAAGCCGACGAGGUACCAGGCUCCGCGAAUCCUUCCUCAAACGCAGAACCAAGGACGAGAUCAUCUCUCAAAGAAACGCGAACGCGAGGGCUAGCGCAAAGAGACAGAGCACGCGGCACAGGAAGAUGGAUGAUAAGCAGAGUGAGAAGCGCAAAAAGAGGAUAUCGCAGCGUCGCAAGGCUACUUUAGACCGAUGCGACGAUGAGACGGCAAAUCUGAACCGUGUGCUGGUCGAAAGAAUGCUGCUGAAGAACUCGGGAUUUAAUCAGGGCAGCAGAAGCGUAGGCGGCACGCCGAUGUGUCUGCGACGCAGGAAGCACGACGUGAACAAGAAUCUCUCGCCGAUGAGACUCAAUGACAACCCAUCGACCGUCAGACCUACCGCAAUGGAGAACGAAAUCGUGAAGAGACGAUCAAACUCGGUAAGUUACGUGAACGGCAACCUAGUGCGACGUCAUGUAACCGGCAACACGUACAUGACUACAUUUGCCUCGGAGAUCGCGUUAAUCGAGGCGGACAAGGAAGCCGAUCGCAAAUAUCGUGAGCUUAUCCUAGAGGCGGAGAACAUUUUGGUGAGCAUGCAAAAGUACCAGAAUCCUUCGCCGUGCGUGCCGUCGCCGUCGCGCAAGCUGCAUAACGGUUUGGCGAACAAGCGCGUCGAAUUAAUCAAGAACACGGAGCUGAAUAUCGAGCUAGCAUUGUCGAAGAGUCGCAAUUCCCAGCCGGAAUUACAGAGCGGCAGUAUCCGGGAUUUGGAACAUACCAGUCCCAAGCGGCAGUUCCCUCAGCCAUGUUCACCAAUUCAUCGAUUUAUGGAGAGAAACUCACCGGCUAAUUUCAUACCGAAGGAGCCUCCGCCCGUCUUCCGGCAGUAUGAGCUAUCUAAAUGUCCGGAUUCACCGGUGAUGGUACGCAGAACGACGCCCCAAAGCUCGCCCAGCAGGAAUCUAAUGCAUCACCAGAUGCAUCGGGCACGUAACGGCGAUUCGGAAAACAAAGAAGGCAAUAGAUCGCCACGGAUCGCUUUAAGCUGCAAUGGACUGAAGCCAGAAGUGGUGAACGUAAAUAACUCUUUCGGGGAAAAAAUGCACGCGAACGCAACGUCACAGGGUCCUCUCGUCGCAGGUAGAAAGGAAUUUCGUGCCACGAGAGAAUCGACAAAGGAAGAAGGAGUGACGUCCAGCUCGUCGGAUUCCGAGGAGAAAUGCGACGUAAGACGGAGGGCUCCAUUAAUGACUUUCAGAUCAGUCGACAUGGGUCCCAUCAAGGAAGGUUCUUCCUACUGCCCACAAAGCGAACCAGUGAAAAGAAAAGUCUAUGCCGGAAGCGCGACAUAUGGCAGAAUACAAAAGACUUUGGGCGAACAUGUUAUGCUGAGAAAUUCUGAUGGCGAUACAGCAACCGACGAUACUGAUGAUUCAAGGAGAUCUUUGAAGGAGAAGGUAGCGCAACUUCGGCAGGAGCGACUGGCCGCGGAGGCAAACGCGAACAACGUUCACGACUCGCAGUACUUCCAGCAUCAGCUAUCCCAAUUACGACGGCAGAUGCUGAUGCAGACGAUUGAGGGUCUGAAGCGUAGCCUCGAGGAUCAAUCGGCCACCCUGAAGCAAACUUGUCUAGAGCCGACGAGUCUAUUGACCGACGAGCUGCCUUGAAUUUAAUCGGUCGACUAUUCUUUCCGGUCUAUUGUGCCGCGCGAUCACGAUCAACGUGUUUACGAUAUCGCUCUGUUCCUCGCGAGGAGAAUAGGCCCACCGGACGGACAGGAUCGAAGUCCUGUUACGAAUCCUAUCCUCGGCGGAUCCGCGAUUGGUCGAGACGUCGCGCGCCGCGAGAAGUAUUGAUUAAACGUGGCGUUUACUCCAUGCGCGAAUUACGAUGACGUGAUCCUUUUCGGACUCGAUGAUACCGUGGUCAGUUGAAUGUGUAGGCGCACAUCAAAUCUCUAUUUUUCUGUCCGUGAUAUGAGAGAGUGAGAGAAAAGAAGAGAGAAAGAGAAGAAAAAGUCGAAAUUGAGUGUCGCGUAUCCUGGCUGGGCAUUGUUUCGCUCUAUUGUUCGUUUCGCAUGUUCACUAAUGAACAUUUCUCACAAACUUUCCUUUUGUCUUUUUUAAUUUGCAAUUUCGCGCAAGUAGGCCGACUUUUAUUUGCCGCUUUAGAUUAGCUUUUUCACUAGCUCUUCUUAGACUCUCAUCGUUCGAUCUAUCGUUGCAGUGCUCGCUCCAAAAUUUCUGUCCAAAAUAACGGCAGGCGAGAAGUUCUUACAGAUCUUCGAGUUAUAUUAGAUUGAUCCUGGAACGCUAACGCGAAAUUAUUAAUAACUAAUAUAUUACCAUUAUAUAGAAUAAUUAAUAUUAUCAUCGCUAGAUUAGCACUACUAUACUUAACAUUUUUUCAAAUAUAUAAUACGAAACAUACUAUCGAUCAUUAGUAUAUUAUUACAAAAUUCGCAAUAGGAAACAAGAAAGGAGGAAGAUAGUAUGCAUUAGUUUGAGAUUGUACUAGCUCUUGACAGUCGCUGUUAGCGUUCUAGGAUUAAGCUUAGACUACUUAACAUCUAACGGGCCUAUUCACGGGUAUUUAUCUCUGACAUGCUUUAGAGAAAACAAGGAAACAUAGCGGAAAAUCGUAGGAAGAAACGUCAAAAGUAAGUCAUGCGAACGAGUAAGAUGAUAGUAUCAAAAAGCAUAGAUAUUUAGUAUAUAUCCAUCUAACGGAGUUAGAAAAUCACGGAUUUAGCAGAUAGGCGAUUCAAAACAUAUAUAAUCGAAUUUAGAUAUUAGAAAGACAUUAAACGUGCCCAAUGAAUACGGCCCAGUUUUGAUCGAGAUGGUCGGGGAAGGAUAACGCUGAUUAAUAUAGUGACGCUGGGAUUUCAUUGACUGUUUGAGCCUCAUCGAGACAAAUAAAACCCCCUAUAAGCUCCUUAAGCAAAAUGUAUGUCUAAUCACUUCUACAAUGGAUAUAACUGGAAAUUUUUAUAAGUAUUUCGUAAAGAUAAAAAGUUGAGGCCCAAAAGGUUGAGUCGAUUAAACCGACACAGACAAGCUGUAUAUGAAAAAGCGAAUGAAACGUGUAUCGAACGCAGAUUAUAAUGAAAAAAUUUAAUAUGAAAUGAAGGAACGAGUCAAAACUUUCCUUCCCCAGCGCUCUCGAUAGCUUCCAACUUGAUCUGUUGCAAAAUAUAAUGUUUAUGGCAUGUGCACCCUUUUCACUUCGAACUGAAUUGAACGUGAUGCAAGAGACAAUUGUAAAACGAGACUUUCAGCUUCCAAUAGAAAAAGUUACGUCUUGCUCCCGUCGUUCACAAUCACGUUCGAUUCUUCAUUCGCAAGCACCACUUAUUUUUCACACAGAGAACAAAGGCUAUUGAUAGUCGAUUUCUCGCCGUGAGACAUAAUGGGGGAGUCAUAAUCAGCUAGCUUACACAUAUUACUCAUAAUGUUCCUAUUUCUAUGCGAUUAUUCGUAUCCUCGGAAGCGAGAUUUUUCCCCCAUAAACUAUCAUCUCUGUUUCUGGAUAAAGUAAGCAUCCCCCAGAUUAGUAUACCAAAGACGAUAGCUUAGUUAGACAGUAGAUUAGAGCCUUUUAACCAAUCAGAAAACACACAGCGAUUGCAUAUUCGUAAUAUUAGAGGAUCAUGGUUAAAAGCGAAUUUUUAGAAUCUCGAUUUGCUAUUAGAAUAAUUGUUCAAGUUACGUCAAGCGGAUUACAAAUCUUCCAUAUGAGCCAGAGUCAAAUAUUUCAUUCCAGCGUUUGCAAAAAAUUUAUGUAGCUCCGUGUUGUACCUUUUCUAAGUUAGAUUUUUAAGCGAUUUAAAAGACAGUUGAUCUAUUUUGAAAAGAGUUUAUUUGUUUCAAAGAUAUUCGAAAGAUUUGUGUUUUUAUUUAUGGAAUUUUGAUCGCUUCGUGGUAUCGGGGACUCUGGUUGUAUUGUCGACACGGUAUUUUCGGUCAUAGUGAUAUUUUUGUGAGAAUAGACUGAUAGCGUUAUCGAUUGUUAGAUUAAAAACUUUUAGUGGUUACUUACAUGUGAUUCAUACGUUAAAGAUUCUCCGAGAACGGCGGAUUGUAAUACGCACGCGAUAUAUUUAUUUGUGUUAGAUAUUAGGAAGCAUAGUAAACGAAAGCAUUAGACAAAUAUAGCGUAGCGUUAGUGCAUUAGGCAAUCGUCAAGUAAACGAAGUCAUAGUUGUUUUUCCUCUCUCUGUUUCUUUCGAAUCGCGUUUGUGAUUUAAUUGUCAUAUACGUCUCUAUGGUUUCUUUAUUACGGGAUCGUGAUUUCCGUUUGUAGCUUAUUGCGGAGACAGACUGUGCGAGAGUCACUUCGAUCGUAAUCGAAAAGAAGUCUUUGCGCGGUACGUCGAGUAUCAUUAAGUGGACGAGUUGUUCGAGAGUUUUAUACGUGAGAAA